AUGGCAUCUACAUCGACAGCCGAAUCUGGAUCCAAAGAACUAAAGACCAAUCCCAGAGGCAUUCCACAUGCGCCAUUUGUCUCCGAUAUCGAGCAGCAUAUUGGGGGACCAGAGGCCGAAUGUGAGAGUGCGCUCAGGCAAUUCCAAGAGGCUGUCGCGAAAUACCGAUAUAUGGAAUUGAAUCUGAACCAGCGAAAAUCGGGGCUGGAAGAAAAAAUACCAGACAUCAAGAAGUCACUGGGGGUUGUGGAGCACCUGAUCACUCAACGAAAGCCAGCCAAAACCGACGACGACGACCUGGAAGACGAAGACGAUGAUGAUGAGGCUAAAAAGAAGAGGAAUGUUACAUUUGAAUUGAAUGAUACUCUAUACGCUGAGGCCGAACUGGAGGAUACGGACACAGUCUACCUAUGGCUUGGGGCCAAUGUGAUGCUGUCAUAUAAGCUCCCCGAAGCCCAGGAACUUCUUACAUCGAAAUUGUCUUCAGCGCAACAAAACCUCUCGAAUGUGACUGAAGACCUCGAGUUCCUCCGUGAACAAAUAACGAUCAUGGAAGUCAACACCGCUAGAGUUUACAACUGGGAUGUUCGACGAAGGCGCUUGAAGCGCGAGGCAGAAGCAGCUGGGAAAGCGGUACCAGAUCCAGAGUAG